AUGAGCUACUUCUUCGAGGACAUCCAGAAGGAGCGGCCGGUGCGGUUCAGCUCGCAGCAGCUGCGCGCCUUCACUCGGAACUACGCCCACAAGGUCGGGUCCGGCGGCUUCGGCGUGGUGUACAAGGGCCGGUUCCCGAACGGCGCGACGGUGGCCGUGAAGGUGCUCAACAGCACGCUGGGCAGCAAGCGCGCCGAGGAGCAGUUCAUGGCGGAGGUCGGCACCAUCGGCCGGACCUACCACAUCAACCUCGUCCGCCUCUACGGCUUCUGCUUCGACGCCACGGUGGAGGCGCUGGUGUACGAGCACAUGGAGAACGGCUCGCUGGACGGGUACCUGUUCGACCCGCCUCCCGAGAAGACGGUCGGCUUCGGCAAGCUCUACGAGAUCGCCGUCGGCACGGCCAAGGCGCUGCGGUACCUGCACGAGGAGUGCGCGCAGCAGAUCAUCCACUACGACAUCAAGCCGGAGAACGUGCUCCUGGGCGCCGGCCUGGCGCCCAAGGUGUCCGACUUCGGGCUGGCCAGGCUGUGCGGCAGGGAGGACACCCACCUGACCAUCACCGGCGUGCGGGGCACGCCCGGGUACGCCGCGCCCGAGCUGUGGAUGCCGCUGCCGGUGACGCACAAGUGCGACGUCUACAGCUACGGGAUGCUGCUGUUCGAGACGCUCGGGAGGCGCCACAACCUGGAGCUCGGGCUGCACGCCCGCGAGAGCCAGGAGUGGUACCCGCGGUGGGUGUGGCACCGGUUCGAGGUGGGGGACACGGACGCCGUGGUGGGGCGCGCCGCGGCCACGGGGGACAAGAAAGAUAGGGAGGCGGCGGAGAGAGUGUGCAAGGUGGCGCUGUGGUACGUGCAGUACCGGCCGGAGGACAGGCCGUCCAUGGGCAGCGUCGUGAGGAUGCUGGAAGGGGAGGACCAGAUCGCCGCGCCGCGCAAUCCGUUCGCGCAUCUGGCGCCAUACAACUCUAGUGCGAUUCAGUUGUCCGGAGACACCCCCACCACCGCGGGUUCCUAUGGUUCCUCAGACCAUGUGCUUAGUGCUAGGUAG